GAAUAAAUGAAUCCAUGUUUCUUGAUGAUCAAGAAGAGAAAGUGCUUUUCAGACACUAUGAAAAGAGAUUGCUAGACUUCAGCGCUAUGUUCAAGCCUGCGAUGCCUAAAUCUGUUGUGGGCACAGCUUGUAUGUAUUUUCGAAGAUUCUAUUUGAACAACUCUUUAAUGGAGUAUCACCCUCGGACGAUAAUGUUGACAUGCGCAUAUCUCUCCUGUAAAGUGGAUGAGUUUAAUGUGUCCAGCACUCAGUUUGUGGGGAACCUUCAGGAGAGCCCUGCAGGACAGGAGAGGGCUCUAGAACAGAUUCUGGAGUACGAGCUGCUUCUCAUCCAGCAGCUCAAUUUUCACCUGGUUGUUCACAAUCCUUAUCGGCCCUUGGAGGGCUUUCUGAUUGACCUGAAGACCAGAUACCCAUUGUUAGAAAACCCAGAGAUGCUGAGAAAGAGUGCAGAAGACUUUCUCAACAGAGCAGCAAUGACGGAUGCCGGACUCCUCUUCUCUCCGUCUCAGAUCGGCCUCACUGCCGUCCUCAACAGUGCUGCACGUGCUGGCCUCAAGAUGGAGGCAUAUUUGACCGAAUGCAUGGGGCUUAAGGAGGAUAAAGAGACCCUCUCAAAGAUGUAUGAGUCAAUGAGACGGAUAACUAGCCUUAUUAAAGCAUAUGAGCUUCCCAAAGCUGAGGAGGUCAAUACCUGCAAACAGAAACUGGAAAGGAUUCAUGCUGAAUUUGCUACAAACUUGUUAGGUGGAAGAACAGGGGGCAGGUUAUUAAAAGUGGACGCAUGCACCAGCCUUGUGUAAUCUAUCCUCCAAAAUUGAAUCGGUCUCACUGAUCUGCUCAUGUAUCACAUACAAACACUGGUUUGGAGAUACAAGCCAGGAUGCAGCAUCUUGUCAAGCGAAGCAGCUCAGAAGGUAAGAUAGGAAUCUUUAGGAUCUAAGCCUACCUGCAUCUGAAACCGCAGCUGAAAACAGGAAGCGGUUGUGUGGUAGAAUUGAGUGUAGAAAGUUUCUUAAGGCUUGCACCAUAAGUGCAUCUCGCUUCCCUGAUGGUCAAGAGCAAUGCAGUGCCAAAGUUCUUGCUUGCUACAGAUGCCAGUCAGUCUAGGGCUCACGGCUCCCAGGUUGGUUGUACCAGCGGUAUCAAUCGAAGAUCCAAAUUGAUUUUGCAGCAUUUCAGAUUUACACUCAAUUUU